AUGGUUCUUGGAACUGAUCUUAAUUUUUUGUCAUUCAUACCCCCUAGUCCCCCUUGGCCUAAUCUCUUCACCACAUAACGACAAAAAUCCCACAACCAUAUAAUCCCUUCCAUUUUCCCCUCCAAAAAAUUUCAAUCCUCUCUCUUUCUUUCUCUCUCUCCCUUCACCAAACCCCUCAACAUUUUCUCUAACACAACAUGGAAACCCCACAAACCAAUUUGCCCCCCGGUUUUAGGUUCCACCCUACUGAUGCAGAACUCAUUCUUCACUACCUUAGAAAAAAAAUUGCCUCCAUUCCCUUGCCUGUUUCCAUUAUUGCUGAAGUUGAUAUUUAUAAGUUAGACCCUUGGGAUUUACCAGCUAAGGCUUUGUUUGGUGAGAAAGAAUGGUACUUUUUUAGUCCUAGAGAUAGAAAGUAUCCAAAUGGUGCAAGGCCAAACAGGGCAGCUGCUUCAGGGUAUUGGAAGGCAACAGGCACUGAUAAGACCAUAGUUGCAUCAUUGCCAAUUGGAGGAGGAAGAGCAAAAGAGAACAUUAUUGGUGUUAAAAAGGCUCUUGUAUUUUACAAAGGGAAACCCCCAAAGGGUAUUAAGACGAAUUGGAUCAUGCAUGAAUAUCGCCUUGUUGAUAAUAAUAAACCUAUUAAGCUCAAAGAUUCUUCCAUGAGGUUGGAUGAUUGGGUACUAUGCCGAAUUUACAAGAAAUCAAAAUGCGCGCUAACUUCAUCAGAAUCAUCGUCAGAAACAAUGGUGGGCGACGUGGAACAUGCAGAAGAUCCGGCGCAAUUCAAGGAAACCCUUUUCCCAAUCACAAAAAACAACACAACCUCUCCUCAUCAAAACAACCUUAUAUCUCAAAAAUCAGUGUCCUUUUCCAACCUACUAGAUGCUAUGGACUACUCCAUGUUGAGUAGCUUCUUAUCUGAAAAUCAUUCAAACCCUUCAGGAAUUGGAUCAAGUUCAAGCUUCAACACUGAAAAUUUUAAUCAACAACAAUCCUCCCAAAUCAACACUAGCAACAAUUACAUGUCUCAAAAUAAGAAUCCUCAAUUGAACACUUUAAAGCACCAACUUUCAAACAUAGAUGAAGACAACACUUCAUUAUACCCAUCAAAGAAAUACUUGAGUUCCUCUUGCAAUUUCCCUAACAUCAAUUCACAAUAUGAAAACUACCUCAUGAAGCAAUCUUUGAUGAAUCAACAAUUAAUUCUUGGUCCUCAUCACCAAUAUCAAGGCUAAUCCAAAUUACCACAAAAAUUAAGUGGUGCCAAAAAAUAUUAAUUAGACAAUAGAAAUACUAGUUAAGUAAAAUUUCUAGAAGUUGGGCCACCAAAGGACACCAAUGAAAUUAUUAAGCAUGUGUUUGGUAUCAUGGAGAAUACGCCAUAAUCAUAGCGACUCACCGUAAUUUUGCAGAAAUUACAAGAUGUAGCUUUUAAAAAAUUACGGUGGAUUAAGUAAGGAUUACUAAUUUACUAGUAGUACAGAAAAUAUAGUGUGCUAUUUCAUUUUAUUUUUGUUAAUUUUAAUUUGUGCUAGGAAUUGAAGGAGGGAUUAGGACUUGUUUGGUAAGGAGUCAAAAAGAAAGAUUCCUAUGUUGAAGACUCAAUAAAUAUCAAAGUUUUUUGACCAA